AUGAAUAACACGCUGUAUACAGCAGGGCAGCCCAAUUAUGCCAGAAGAAUGACAGUGCAUUUGCCAGAGACUAUACCCGAUACCACUUAUCUUUAUGGCUAUGCAUUGCUCAUAGGCACUAUUUUUGUAUUUGUCAUGUCUGGCUAUUCAAUCAUAGGAAGCAAAUACAUGCCAGACACAAACAACAAGAUUCUGGAUUGGAUUAAAUACGAUAAUUACUACUGCUUGCUUAUACCCAUCACCGCGAUUGUCUGGAUCUAUUGGGUACUGUGGAAUUGGAUGGGCAUGAAGUUUUUUCGACACAACUAG